AUGCCGGGUUGGUCGCACCCCUUGGAAAUGAGGCAUUCACUGCAAGGGAAACGGCCACGGAAGCCAGGAGCUGGUGGAGUCUCGCAAGUCAGCGUGGUCACAAACACCUCCUCACUCCGUCUCAUAAAUGACCAUAAAAACGCGCAUGGGGACGCGCCGCGGCCGCUGCCAUCCGCGCCGCCGCGGUGCGACUAUGGACGCGUUGGAAGUGCCAGCACGUCUCAGGCUUUUGGAAGCCAUGGGGACAGCCAGGCACCCGAGCCACCGGAUUCCUCCCCGGAGAGACAUGUGGACUUAACCACAGAUGGUAACAUAGUUGUGGGGAUCCAGCUGCCGCAGAGGGCUGGCCCGUUCGUAGAUACAAAAGGUUUUGCUGAUGUGGAUUCUUACUGUGAGUUUUCGGUGGUCGCUGCUGCGGGUGACAGUAAAAAUGUGCAGAAAUCUCCGUACGCGAACCGAAACGAAGAAAGAAGACCCUCUCUCUCCGUUUCGUUUAGUUCAUCUCACCGGCUCGUGAGCUCAGCGUACGUGAGCGUGUCGGAUAAGCCCAGAACGGUGCGUCUGGCCGACGACGUGGCCGGGAGCUCCCUCGCCGCCCGGCAGUCUGGUUGUGAGCAAGUCAGGGAUGCUCUCGGAGAGCCGAAGCUGUUUGGAAAUGGUGAGACGUGCUCUCGACCUGCUCAGGCUGCGACUUUGGGGGCUGGGAUGACUCUAACGAAGAGCAGGUUUUCCGUAGUCCCUAAAGCUCCUGGUGUUCCAAGAGCUGCCUCAACACCAGUCUCCAGUAAAGCUCCGAAGUUCAGGAAAACUAAUUACACGUGGGUCGCAAACCCUGGUAAAUGCUCUCGUACUGUGAAGAGAUGGGUCAGCCCUAGAGCUUCUGAAAGUGCGAAGAAGGUCGCUGGCGGAGCGGACAGAGGUGCUAAACUGUCGCCAAAAGCCGACUUGGGAGCAAAGCUGAAGAAAUCGGGACUGCAGUCCAAACUGGGUGUUUCUCCCAGCAAGUAUAAGUGGAAAGCCUCCAGCCUGCAGACCUCGCCCUCCACCUCCAAGUCGGCGUUCAGGUGGCGAUCCGAGGAUCAGAAAAAGCCUCCGGUCCCCAACCUCCCUCGAGCCGGGGCCGCCCCGCCGCCUCUGAGCGCUGCGUCUGUCGGUCUCGGCGGAGUGAAGUCCUCCUUCGGUGACACCUCGCUGUCCAGUUAUAAAGUGAAGAGUCGGACAAAAAUCAUCAAGAGAAAAGGAAACUUGGGUUCCCCAAUGGAUAAGAAGACCAGCUCCUCACCCACCACUCCUCUGAAAAGCCACUUCCAUCUCAGGAAGAAAAACUCCUCGCGGGGGAAACCUUCUGCGACGCCGAAACGCUCCUCGCCCAGGGGACUGGUGCAGAUCACCAAGCACAGGCUCUGCAGGCUGCCGGCCACCAGGAUGCAGGUCUCCACCAAGGAAGGAGCCAACUUGCACUUUGUAAUGAGCCCACCAGCCAACAAGGUGAUAAAGACGCGCUACAGGAUAGUGAAGAAGAACGUGGUGCCUCCAGCCGGGUCCUUAUCGUCCUUCAACAGCCCUGUUCCCAGCUGGAAGACGAGACGCCCCGUGACAUCCAGAUCCCCUCUAUUAAACCAAACGCGGCCGUCGCCUCAGGGCGGCAAAUCCCAGCACGUGCAGCAGAGAUGGAGGAGCAAAGGCUAUCGCUGCAUCGGCGGGGUGAUGUACCGAGUGUCAGCCAACAAACUCUCCAAGACUUCCAGCACCCCCGGCCGAGGCCGAGACCUGAGCACCAAGAGCCCCGGCAGAGCAGCGAGGUUGCACGGCACGCCCAGUCCUGGCUUCUCUCCGUCCGGCUGCCUGAACAGAUCAGCUACGAGCCGAUCCAUCGCCAGCCGUGCUGUUCAGCGAAGUUUGGCCAUCAUUCGUCAAGCCAAGCAGAAGAAAAAGAAGAAGGAAUACUGUAUGUACUACAACCGCUUCGGCAAGUGUAAUCGUGGGGAGAGCUGCCCCUACAUCCAUGAUCCAGAGAAGGUGGCUGUCUGCACCAGGUUUCUCCGUGGCACGUGCAAGAAGACAGACGGGACCUGUUCGUUUUCCCACAAGGUGUCCAAAGACAAGAUGCCGGUGUGCUCCUACUUCUUGAAAGGGAUCUGCAGCAACAGCAACUGCCCGUACAGCCACGUCUACGUGUCCAGGAAGGCAGAAGUAUGCCAGGAUUUCCUCAAAGGCUAUUGCCCCAUGGGAGAAAAGUGCAAGAAGAAGCACACGCUGGUUUGCCCCGACUUUGCCAAGAAAGGCGUCUGUCCCAGCGGUGCCCGGUGCAAGCUGCUGCACCCGCAGAAGAAGCGCCACCCGAGAGAGGCAGAAGAUGGGGACCGCAGCGACCGCCCCGCCAAGUGGAGACGAGUUCAGGAGGAGACGGGCAGGAACGAUCCGGCUCAGCUCCACGAUGAUGGGGAAAUGCCCGGACCCUCCAGCGCGGAGCAAGAGGUGAAGUUUUGGAAGGAGACGGACGCCUCGGCAACCAACUGGCUGCAAAAGCUGCCGUCCUUCAUCUCCCUCCAGUCCUCGGCAUCCCCCGGUGACCAGAGCUGCAAAGUGGAGAUGGACGAGGACGAGUCGGAGGACGAGCCAGGGAAGGAUGAUUUCCAGACGUUUUGA